AUGGGUUCCUCGAGCAGAUAUGCGUUCUUCGAAUUGCUCAUAGAAGCUGGCUUCAUCUCGGACAAUCCAACUUUGAGGGAAAAAAUGCUACGCAACGUCCAGGAUCGCGAGUCGAAGCUUGUUGGACUGCUGCUUACAGCAGGCGUAAGCUUAAACGUUGGACCGCGAAAUGCACUCAAACUGGCAGUGACACAAAUGGACCUCGAGAUGCUGGACAUUUUGACGCAUGAAACCUUCAGGAUUGCUGCCGAAGCGUUGGACUGGAUACCCCCAAACGCCACUGAGCAAGGUGUCCUUAAAAUAUUGGGAAAGCUAUCUGCACUGGGCCUCGACGGCGAGCCUCUGAAUCGCCGAUUGAUCUGUGCAGUCCGGUGUAGACAUAUCAGGGAAGCCACAGAGCUAGUACGGAUGGGCGCAUCUGUUGACUACAAACAAGCCUCGGCUCUGCAAGCAGCAAUACGCAACAGCGAUGCGGCCAUGCUCGACACACUACUUCGGGCAGCCUGCACGCCAAAAGUGUUGUCGCGUGUGGUACCAGCUCUCGUGAAAGUACGACCUCCGCAGAAGAGACUCGCGCUCCUAGAAAAAGUCCUCAGCAAAAGCACAGUGCCUGAAACCCUAGGGGGCCCGCUGGAAAUGUUGCUCGCUGAAGGAGACGAAGCAGACUUGGAGUGUAUAGCUCUCCUAUUACGUUACGGCGCAUCUCCCGACGCAAGUGACGAGGAGUCUACCAACAGCGUCUUGGUUGCUGCUCAUCACGGGUGGCUCCACGUACUGAAGCUGCUAUGCGAAGCUUCCAUCAGGCCCUUGGUCCUUGCCAAAGCUGUCCUUGUUGCUUUUCGUCAAUUCUCAGCAGCAGAUAACGAUCACGAUUCGUCGCUGGAAACCAUGCGCUUGCUGUUGAGCAAAGGAGCGAAGGGAGCGCCCGUUGACCAGGCACUUCUCUCAGCAGUAAUUCAAGAUUCUCGGAGGAGUAUCUUAGACCUGUUGUUAACAUCCGGAGCGAGCGCGAAUUUCAAGCAAGGCGAAGCUUUUUACAAAGCGCUGACAAACAGGAGCUCGAGAACAUUCGAGGUCCUAUGCAAAACAUGUCCGCCAAACCUCACAAGCACACAGCGUCUCAUGCCACUUGCUAUUCACCAACAAUACUAUGUAUUGAGCAGCCUAAACACUCUUCUCGAAUGUACGCAGCAUAAGCGAGCUGCUUUGGAUACCAUCAACGGCGGAGAAUGCAAGUUCCUUCGUCUUGCAGUCCUAGCCGUCGACAUCAGUUUGCUGCGAGAUAUGCUCGCAUUAAAGCCGAGUGCGCUGUCACUUCAACUAGCGUUCGGGGCCACUGCACGAAUCAACAAGCGACGAACAAGACUAGAUGUGAUGAAACUUCUACUCGAGCAGGCUUCAGGCACCGAAAUCGGACAAACGAUAUGCAUCGCAGAUCAGACACAGCUCGCGAUAGACGGGGACUUCGAGGGCCUACAUCUAGUCCUACAACAUGGUGCUUCGAUAAAUCACCAAGGCGGGAUAGCCGUGCAGAAAGCAGCAGUAUCCGGCCAUCUAGAAGUGUUGCGUCUGCUGUUGAAACAUCGACCUUAUAUCGAAACGGUCACUAAGGCAUGCCUUGCAUGCCUGAAAUCUUUCCAGAAAGGCAGCGAUUUCUCACCGGACCACGUGAACACAAUAUACGAAAGCCUUCUCAAUGCCAGUGCCGGCACAGACAACAGCCUCUUGUCCAACCUUCUGCAGGCAUCCGUCCAAAGCGUCCCACGGGAUGUCCAGUUUCCGGCCUUGCUACUUCGCCGAGGCGCCAAAGUCCAUGAGCAGACUACUAAAGCAGCUCUCGAGGCGGGUUCGGACGAUCUUCUGCAUCUGAUCAUUCGCAAAACUUCUGGCAAAGAGCUGUUCCAUUUGGCGUCAGCAUGUGAAAUGUCUGCGGGACGUCGAAUCUGGAUCUUGGAUGAGUGCCUCAAGCAAGAUGUUAGUCAAGUGGACAAGUCCCGCGCUCUUCUGCAUUCACUGAGCGCCAAAAGGAUACACGACCUUUCUGCUGCAGACUGCCUUUUGAGGCACGGAGCUGACAUCUCAUUCGAAGAUGGAGAAGCCUUCAAGCUUGCAAUCCGAGCUCAGUCCGCUGAAGCCAUCAAAAUUUUGGGCAAAAGACUCAACACACGUAAAGUGGCCAACAACGCUUUUGCGUAUGCAUCGAAGGCAACGUUUAGCGACACUCGCGCACGUUUCGAGAUAUAUCGUGUCCUGCUGGAAGGCAAUCUCGUGGAUAAGUCAAACUGUUAUGCAGCAUUGAAGAAUUGCUUCGAUCGACAAGGCGGGGAUUUCGACACUAUACGUUUGUUGGUAACAAAAGGCGCUGAUCCAUAUGCGGCGAGCUUUAUUCUGACUUUAUGCACUGGCACGACGAAGCAAUUUCGGGAGCUGUGUAAGAGUGUAGAUCUCAACCGAGCUGUCGACGCAGUGCUUUCCACUUUUCAUGAUGAAGCGGACGCUGCUAGGUGGUUCAAGUUGUGCCUUCGAGAACGACCUUCAUCUGCACAGAUCACCAAGGCUGAUCUACUGACACGUUGUAUCAAGAAAUAUCCCGACGGGCAGGUACUCGCAGGUCUCAUUCUUGCGAAAAGCAAUCUCGCUUCUCAAACAGUAUUGUGCAGCGUGUUUCCUGGUUGCGCCGAGGAGAAAUGCUCGGUAUUAAUCUGGGCGCUGUUAUGCAGACCACGAGUUUCUAACAAGACGGUCCUCGAUCUACUUGGUGCGGGCUGUGACAUCGACUUUGCAACUCCUGUGACGGUUUUAUCGGCAUCAAUGGCCUGUGUUCUAGACAAGAAUAGAACACAGAUACUGGAAGCACUUCUCGAAAUCAGACCAGGUCUUGCCUUUGACAACCAUGUGCCAGCAUCGGUGUUGGCGUGCUUGGGCGCUCGCUCGGGAUCUGCCUCGAAAGACCCCAUCAACGAAAUUGGCACACUCACUCUGUGUCAGGCUUCGAUAUAUUUGGGCAACAUUGAUGCGUAUGACCUCCUGAUGAACAAUUCUGUCUCAGAUGAAGACGACCUCCAUUUGGCGGCUUGGCUCGCGCUGCCAAAAUUCGUCGGAAAAUUGCUGGAAACCCACAACUCGAAUCUGGAAUCGGAAGCCUACAGCAAUUACACCCCUCUGGCCGUUGCACUGGAAACGGACAGUGGGCAAUCUUGUUGCAAAGUCGCCGACACAGAGGCUCCCUUUGAGGUGCGACGGAAAGAGACAAUCGAGCUGUUAGCAAAGAAGUCGGCAUUCACUUGGCGACACAGGCAAAGGACUUAUGUGCACAUAGCGCUUUCCAAGGGACCUGAAACCACCAAAAUCUUGCUGGAUAUCCUGGACAUGAAGAACAACCCAUGGCGUUUCACCAUGCUUGUAUAUGAAGAUAAGGCGGGCAGGAGAUACACACCAUACGAGUACGUAACAGAGCUCAUGAAUAUUCAGCCGUCUGAGCGUGAAGGACUUCUGCGGUGUCUCGCAGCAGGCAACUUAUUGACCACUCUUGAGCUUGCUGCUUCAGGUGGACGAUGA